AUGCGGGCCAUAUUCAAUGCCGCUGGGAUCGCCACAUGCAUCCAGGCAGGGGCUCAAGUUGCAGUAUGCAUCCUCCUCAUCUCACCUGCCUUCUUGUCUACAAAAAUCGUUUACUUCUUAAACCCGGACCAUUGCGGAGGACAAAUACCUAUCGGAAAAAUACCAGAUGUAAACAGCCAGGCAUUUAUAUGCCAGAAAAUAGUACCGUUUACGAGCACAAGAUUUUUUUUCCUUAAUUGUGUGUACAUGGCCAUUGGCUGCUUAUGGUUCUUAACAAGUGCUUUAUUGUUUAACGUUCCUGCUGGUGCACAGCGCUUGCCGGUGCGCUGGCCAUGGAUCAUCGUCACGAUAGUUUCUUGUACAGUGGAUAUCGUUUCCGUAAUCUUGUCAAACGACUAUAUUUUCGCCAAGACACUAAAUGACAUGGGAAGUGACAUGGGAACUUACAUUGGAGCUACAACGAGCGCUCUGGGGAACGUCGUUCUCGACACCAGAGGGGCUUCACUAUUGAUGAUAGCUUUCUAUGCCAGAUUCGGCAUUUUCUUCGUAUUUAACAUCGUCCUUGUAAUAGCCGUGGCGAUUAAGCGAAUGCCGGCGACGCCACGACCGACACCACAAGAAUUGCUAGAAACAGACCAUAAUGAGAAUCUGGAUGAUAUAUUUACACAACUGGACGAAAUUGACAUAGCAAAAGGCACAUCUAACACUUCGGAAUACGAGCUAACUACUCCUGAACAAGAUGAAAUUCCACGUGUACAUCGAAACGUGAACUCUUUAUAUAAACCGCAGAUAUUACCAUGGAUGUCGUUGUCGCCCAUUGUCGCUCUAUCGCCUCAAAUUGCACCAAUGUCGCCCCAAGUGCAAAUUUCGACUCCGGCAAUCAAGACAGAUAGGAAAAUUGCAUCAGGAACUGAUAGAAAGUCGUAA